UCAGAACCUAAGUUAUGUCAAGGCGCUCAAGAAAGCAUGACAAUAACUGAUGGAAGAACACCGUUUGUUCAAACGGUGGAAGGCCUGCACCCGUACAGAAAGUACAGUGUUACAGUUCGGGCGUAUACCAAAUGUUGGGGAAAAUACACAUGGCAACAGCUGAAGACUAAAACUGCUGUUCCGGCAGCGCCACCGUCUAAAGAAUUUAUAGAUUCCACCGAAGACGUAAUUAUAAUAAAACUGCAAUCGCCGAAGGAAGAAGACGUCAAUGGUUUCAUAGAAAAAUAUACAAUUAAAUAUGCAUGGAAAAAUAAAACCUGUUGGAAUUCUGAAGACGGCGAAUUAAUUGAGCAGAGUAUCUCUUACAAUAAAAGUGAUCUGUCAUAUCGCUUGUCAGCUUUACGUCCUUACUGGUAUUAUAAUAUAACAAUGAGUGCGUCUACAUCUGAGGGAGCAGGACCCUAUGGUUGGUGCGACGGCUGCUAUCUGAGGACUAAAGAAUCAACGCCUGGUGAAAUCGAACAUCUAACUGUGCAAACAUCUGCUGAGUCGGGGAAUUUGGAUUGGUCACCUCCAUGCCGACCAAACGGCAUUAUAACCAAAUAUACAAUAAAUAUUCGAAAUGUUGACACAGAUGUAAGCUGGACGAAUAACACUAGUUCAAAUGAGACACAUUACACGAUAAGAAAUCUUUUACCAUAUAGCAACUAUACUGUUAAGAUUGCUGCAAACACCAAAGAAGGUCCUGGGAAAUUUGCAAAAGAAACCAAUCUGCGGACAAAGAUUGCUAAGCCGUGGACGCCGUCAGACCCUAAAGCCAUUACAAAGAGUGCAACGAGUCUUAACGUUACUUGGAAAACACCAAACUUAUACACGGGUCCUACAAAAUACACUGUUACUAUCAUGGGUAUAAAAAACGUGACUAUAAAGAUAAAACCUUGCGAGACAGGGUUUGGUGAGUGA